ACUGGCUUAGGCAACAUGCAUUGUCGAUACAAAUUUCGGAAACGGGAUGUUAACAUACUAUGGCUUCCUCUUAUGAGGACUAUUAGGAGCGAUACCCAAGGGCAAGUGGUAAAAGUGACCGCUAAAAAAAAAGUAUCAGGAUCAAGAUAUUUUUAGCUGGAGCUCACCCUCAAUGUCACUAGUGGUGGUGAUGAAGAAGAAGAAGAUUUGAACAAGUCGGAUUGGUUUUGGACCCCCCGAAAAAGCGAACCGUUCGGAGAGCCCCAGUGAAAGUUCUAACUGACCCACCUCAGCCUUGUCUUUGGACAGGUGGGCUAGGCUGCGCCUCUCUUUUCACUGCUGCCAAGAUCGCAGUGCGCUGGUUCCUUCGAGUUAUAAAUCCUGCGGCCUGCAAUGUAAGUCUUUGUUCAAGGGGACUUUCCUUUGUCGAUUACUCCUAUAAUCCUAUUGUUCCGCAGCUUCCGAGAAACGCAGAUUCCGGACGCUGUUCGAUAAUGCGUCUCCUCGGCAUCAUCCUGGCAUCAGCUGUGCUGGCUGUUGCCCAGAGGUCUACUCCUACCUCUUCUUCCACUACUCCGUCAAGCACCUCUGAACCAUGUGCAGUCGCCAGCCGUCUCGCGGAGGAGAACGACAAUGUCGUCCCAGCUCAGAUCGCCUAUGAAUGUUUGACCUCCGUUCCGGUAGCUGUGGAGCAAGAUAAAGCCCUCAUUGACCAGCUCAAACUCUUGUGGGAGUGGCAUUCGGAAACGGGCUAUCUGAAGAACACUCCUGACACGUGGGAACUGGGCUCCGUUGACCUUCUCGCGGAGUUGGACAAGAUUAAAGAGAACCUUUCCUCUUACGACAGUGAAUAUGAUGUGCAGGUCGCGAUCAACACGUUGACUCUGAAGACGGGCAACUUUCACUUCAACUAUGUGCCUGAUAUCCUACAGGUCUUCUGGUUUGCGCGUUUGCUCCCCGUGACCACCGUCUCUCAGGAUGGAAUAAGCGUGCCGGAAACUUAUGUUGUCGCGGAUCUUCGUGAGAAGGAAGCUGACGAUAGCGUUAAGAUCUCCCCCAUCGCCAAAAUCAACGGUGAAGAUGUGCAGAAGUAUUUGAACAGGAUCGCGACCCAGGAGCAGUAUAUUGAUCCCGACGCCCGAUUCAACAGCCUCAUGUGGAGGGGUAACACAUCCCUAGGCAGCUUUGUCAACAUGGGGUUCGGUGUUUAUGAAGGAGCAACGACGAACAUCACUUUUAAGAACGACACUACGCAUGCCGUGAAAAAUGUCGCCGAGGUGCGUCAGAACCUGACCGAGGUGACCAACGGAAAGUCCUUUUUUGAGGAGCUUUGCACCGGUAGCUUUGCUAGCGCCGAGGCAAUGGCCACAUCUGACAAAAGAAUCUCUUACAAGGGGACUCCUCACCAUUGGAAAAGGCAAAGCAUCCCUAGCCACUCCUACCCCAAGCCAGUUGUCGAACACAGUUCCGGCAUGGUCGCUGGUUAUUAUAUGACCGAGUCUGGCUUCGAAGAUGUUGCUGUCUUGAAGAUUAUCACCUUCUCCACGGGUGAGGAAGAGGACAGGGGUAAGGCCGCUAUCGAGUUCCAAAGUGUUGUGAAGCAGUUCCUAGGCAAUGCUACGGAGGCAGGCAAGAAGAAGCUCGUCAUUGAUCUUCGAGAGAACGGUGGUGGUGACACUGAUCUCCUCCUCGAUACCUUCAUGCAACUCUUCCCUGGCGAGGUACCCUUCAGCGCCCAGCGAUACCGGGCACAGGAGCAAUUCAAUCUCAUUGGCAAGGCCAUCAAUUCAGUUUAUGAGAAUAAGUCUAUGCAGACUUUAAUCAAGAAAAUGACUGGUCAAGCUUUUGCGGAUACUGAUCUCGUCCGAUAUUGGGCUUACUGGAAUUUUGUCGAUGUUAAUGGCGACAAUUUUGAUUCGUGGGACGAGUUCUACGGUCCCCACAAGUACAAUGACGAUGAAUUCACGACUAUUUUCAGGUACAACAUGUCCAACAGCAACCCUAUCAGCAUCUUGGAUCAGGAGGGCUUCACUUUCCUGAAUCCCCGCGCCGCAGAUCCUCCCUUUGCUGCUGAGAACAUCGUGAUGCUCUCUGACGGACUUUGCGGAUCCUCUUGUGCUUCAUUCCACGAGGAGCUGAAGAACAUUGGAGGCGUUAAAGCCGUCGCAGUUGGUGGCCGUCCCCAGGAAGGUGCCAUGCAGACCAUUGGUGGCUCCAAAGGAGGAGAGGUCAUUCCCUUGAGCACUAUCCCUAUUUAUCUUCAGACAAUGAUGAACAUCACUGCAUCCUUCGGCAUUGAUAGCCUCGAUCACGACUCUCUCAAAAAACUUGCUAACCCCGACGUGCUUCUCACUCGCGCUGGUGACGCUAGCAGCCGCAUUCAGGUUCAAGACCAGAUCCGCAAGGGUGACGAGUCAGGCACCCCCCUUCAGUACGUCUAUGAAGAUGCCGACUGUCGUAUCUUUUAUACAACGAAGAUGCUGCUCCAGCCCGAAUCUGCAUGGGCUGCCGCGUGGUCAGCAUAUACCGAUGACAGCAAGUGUGUCAAGGAUUCUACCAAGAAAUCGUCCAGUAUUAGCGGUGGGUACAAGCCGUUUGGCCCUGGUGAUCUGAAUGGCAAGCAGUCAGAAAACAGCACCUCGUCGGACAAGGGCGAGGAGAAUGCCGCUCCAGCUUGGAGACCUAGCCUUGCUAUCUGUGCCGCUGUCACAGUACUCGGCUUCCUUCUCUAGAGCUGAACCCUUCACGGCAGUUUGGAUAUUAUGGUCAAAUGUGUUGAGCGGUUGCAUUGAGUGUAUGAUACCAUAUAUUUUAUAAUGGCUAUUUCUGGAAUUAUGGGCUAAAUGUUUUGGGAACUGUACAUACAUAAUGCGGUAUUGAGUUAGACGACCUCUUCGACUGUGGAUCAGUAGUUCCUC